UCUGUCCAGAGCCACUGUCACUCUUCUAGACUAGCCAAGAGACUGUCUUCUCAUAGCUUUCCUGACGGCGGUGCUGGGGGACCUGGGAACGAACGUGUGGCUGGGACUCAGGAAUAACCAAAGCUUCCACUGGAAGGACAACACCUCUGUAACCUAUACGAGCUGGGCCCCAGGGGAACCCAACGGCAUUGAUGGAGAGGAAGGAUGUGUUGAGGCCUCGCAUGUCACAGGGUUAUGGAGUGACGUUCCCUGUACCUCCACACGUGGCUAUGUCUGUAUGGUAGAUACUGACUCUCACCUGAUGACCGAGGCUCCUUACACUACCUGUGCCUCACCCUUCAGCCUCUACAUUGCCUACAAUGGUGCCUGUUACCAUCCCCACUCCACAUACAAGACCUGGAAGGAGGCGGAGACCACGUGUAAAGAUGAGGGUGCACACCUGGUGUCGGUGAGUGAGCCAACGGAGGGGGCAUUUUUAUGGAUGCUGGCUAAGAAUCACAAUUUCACCCAAACAUGGCUCGGUCUUCAUUACAGCUACGACAACUCUCGGUUCUUAUGGAGCGACUCUACCCCAACCACUUACACCAACUGGGGUAUGAGUCAGCCGAACACCAGCCUAACCAACCAUGCGUGCGUCUGGUUAAACUCCAUGGGCGGACUUUGGUACAGCCAGUUGUGUGAUGAUCUGAGGCCAUUCGUCUGUAAGUACAAGAAUGUAUCUGUGAUCAGCCACGACCCCCCUGCCACUGGCCGCUGUCCGGAUGCUCGCUGGCUGGACUUGGGGAACGGUUUUUGCUACCUUGUCUCCCAAUACAAACAGCCAUGGGACGAGGCCAGGAGGACUUGUGUGCUGGAGAAUAGCAACUUGGCAUCCAUACAUUCGGAGGCAGAGAUGAUCGCGGUCACUGUGGCAAUACAUGGCAUUACUGACCCGUUGUGGAUCGGCCUGGUAAAGGAGGAACACGGUUAUGGCUGGAGUGAUAGGUCGGGAGUGGACUAUGUCAAUUGGGGAGUCGAUGAACCUGGUGGGGGAACCGAUGAGGGGUGCGUCCUGGUUUAUACACAGACAGGGAGCUGGAGCGACACGCACUGCUCCACCGCCGCACAUUAUCUCUGCAAGACACUCAAAAUCCAAAUGAAGGAAGUGACGAACCCACCAGUACCAGGGCCUUUCACACCACAGUCUCCCACCACACCACCAGGCCCAGACCCGAAAAUUGGUGCUGGAGGGAUCGUUGGCAUCACCCUGUCUGUGGUAUUCGUGGUGGCGUGUGUCGCUUUUGUGGUCAACAGCUAUCGUAAAAGUGGACCUAGACGAAGGAUUAAGUCACUCCCUUACAGCGUCGAGGACUUUCCUUUCUCAACUGAAAGUGACAAGGACAGUGUGGACCUUCACCGGACGUACAGGACGGCCAGCUUAAACUCCUCCAGUACCAUAAAUUAACUCAUUUGCGCAUUUUUUGCGGCUUUGCCGCUGGCUAGCUCCUCAAUGAGCGUCAUUACUUGCUCAGCUCAUUAACAAGGUCGUUGUGUAUUAAUCUUUACAGACAGCUUGCAAUGGCCAGGAACUGAUGUAAUAGAGUUAAAUAAUAAACAACAAAGUACACAUCAAGAACGAAAAUAAAAAUUAAUGUAAAAUAUGAGUUUCAAUUACAACAAUAUUUCGGCCAAUAUCUUAUAUGUUCUGAUGGCAUUCUCCAUGAAUCUAUGAUUCUUAUAUCUAGCAAAGCAAUAUUUGCGUCCGGCAGUCAUCUUUGUUUAACUACCAGAAAAGUCUCUCAAAGUCAGGGGCUGAUAUUUUCUACAAAGUAUCGAUGGUUUAGUGUACAUACUGUACACUGCAAUGUACACAGUUUCUAAUGGGCAGUCAACGCUAUGAGACCCAUUUUACUUUUUCAUCAAAAUGUGACAUGCAGCUACCUUGACAUCAUGAUGCUAACCCUGGGUUAUUCUCUAACACGAUCUUCUGUUUAGGUGUAGUGUAGGCAAGAUGCAUGCUUCACAGACCAUGUACAGGUGGAAGAUAAAACAAAGAAACAGACAGAGAAAGAGCGAAAAGAAUGAGAUAUAAUUUGACAGAUCGAUAAAUGGAUAAGCCUUACUGACAAUUUAACCCUUUCACUACGGGGACGCCACUUAUAAUAUUUUAUUUGGCUAAUACAAGACGACUUUAUCCAGUACAGAGAAACACCCAGGGGGCACACAAGGGGUUAAUCUGGUCGUUUGCCCCUAAUUGGAAACGAAAUAUUAUUGGAAGAUUAAAAUUUAAAGAGAUAAACAAAUAAAAUACAAGGACAGUUCAUAUUAAGUUGUCAAAAAAGGUAGUUACAGGAAGUACUGGAUCAGUAGAAGGAUAUACUAGUAUUCUAAUAAUAUUAAAAUAAUAAUAAUAAUAAUAAUACAAAUAAAGAUAAAAAUGAGUGAAACAGUUUGACAAUGUAUAAAACGAAGUGUACAAAAUUCUAUUGGUGUACUUUGUGUUUUCUUGUUAAUGGACUUGAGCAGGGCGAGUGUGUGCAUGCACUGUACAAAUCAAACAUUCAUAUUAUAAUGACUACGUGGAACUUACUUAUUUUGCUGUUAACCUUGUACAGUAUUUUAUGGUUAUUAACAAUACGGGUAUAUUCACCCAAACAAAUAUACAUAAGAUGACUGUUGGUGUAGUAUUGACGAGGGCACUUUGCUUAGGGCCAAGUUUCUCGUGGAAUCAACUUUACCCAUUGAGAUAAUUCAUAUUUAAUAGUCUAAAUGGAGUAAAAUUUAAGGGACUUACAUCAUAAAAAUCCAGCCCAAUCAUGAAUAUUUAGACAAGAGAUGGGGAAAAUACUUGGUUUAUAACUAUCCUAUGUCAACCAUUGUGUGAUAAGUGACGACAGAUCGAUCUAUGACGACAUGUGUGAAUAUUUAUAUAAUGCAAAUAAUACUUAAAUGUAUAAUACCAGUGGUUUUGAUAGGUGGAAGGGAAACACAGGGAUGAGUUGACUUUCUUUACUACUCUAACGUUUCGGGCUACACGGAACCCAUCUUUAAGGAGUAGUAGUAGGUAUGUAGAGAAAAAACCCAAUAACUCUACGGAAUUCCUCAGUGGAUAUCAUGAACUCUGAUCUAGAAGACGUGAGAAAUGCAGGGAGACCUGACAGUUGUAGCAUUAGUAAAUAUGACAA